AUGAGUACAGGGCCAGGUGGCGAGGACGUGUACACCUGCCUGACAUGCAGUGUCGCAUUCUAUACAGCGCCCGAGCAGCGGGACCAUUUUCGGUCAGACCUUCAUCGGUACAACAUGAAGCGCCGCGUUGCGAAUCUAGCUCCUGUGAGUGCGCAAGUGUUCAACGAGAAAAUCAUGGAACGUCGCACGGCGAUGGAGUCGUCUGCGCAAGCCACGAAGGAAGAUACGGGCCGAUGCCACGUAUGCAGCAAGAACUUCUCAUCACAGAAUGCAUACCGUGAUCAUAUGCAGUCUCGUAAGCAUCGUGAGAUGAUGCAGAAGCAGGCCAACAAGCCCAAGGUGGCGGCACGUACUAUGGCAACGGAGACGCCAUCGUCGUUGGCGAAUGUCCAGGAUCUUCGGGAUGCGUUGCCUGAGGACGAAGGCAGUGAAGAGGACGAGGAUGACGAGCUGGAUGAAGAGACUAAGCUGGAGCGAGCCGUGCAGAAGAAGCUUGCGAAGGCACGCCGGAUUGAUCCUGCUACUGAGUGCAUGUUCUGCAGCGAGAAGCAGCCAUCGCUCGAUGUUAGCCUUUCUCAUAUGCAAUCUGCGCACGGCUUCUUUGUACCGGAGCGCAAGUACUUGGUUGACCUGCCUGGCCUGCUGGGCUACUUGGCCGACAAGGUCUCGGUGGGCAACGUGUGUCUAUGGUGCAACGGCAAGGGCCGUGGCUUCCAUAAUCUUGGCGCGGUGCAGAAGCACAUGAUGGACAAGUCCCAUUGCAAGGUGGCAUACGAGACGCAGGAAGAGCAGCUGGAGUUUAGUGACUUUUACGACUUCCGUUCGAGUUACCCUGACUACAAGAAGAAGGAUAAUGACGAAUGGGAAGAUGCAUCCGAUGAUGAAGAGGAUGGCGAAGUAGUAUGGGAAGAUGCAAGCAGCGAUGACGAGGAGGACGAUGAUGAUGAAGUGCCUGUCGAUGAUGGCAUUCGGUAUGGCGACUCGGAGUACGAGUUGGUACUGCCUUCCGGUGCCCGCCUUGGGCAUCGCUCUCUCCAGCGCUACUACCGGCAGUCGCUGUGGCAGACACCUGCUGGACGUGCUCGCGAGACGGCCUCAGUGACCAAUGGCCGGGCGCUUGCGCAUCGCAUCGCUGGGGAGCCCUCGAAAGACCUCGUCGUCACGUCACGUGGCGGUAAUGAGCUGGUGGCACGUAACCGUGGUGAAGCGAAAGAGGCGACGCGUCACAUUCGCGAGUUCCGUGAUGUGCAGCGCCGUGAGCAGUUCAAGACCAAGGUGGGAUACCGCCACAACAACCAAAAACACUUCCGUGAUCCACUGCUGCAGUAA